AUGCCAAACCAAAGUCAGCAGGACAGCAAAGUGCUCUCGCCGAAGGCUUUAGCGCAUGUCGUUCUUCGAACUUCGAAUUUUAAACCCAUGGUAGCAUUCUACAAGGCUUUUCUUGGUGCACAUGCGACAUUUGAGAAUGAAUUUCUCUCAUUUCUAACUUACGAUGACGAGCAUCAUCGAAUCGCAAUUGGGAACGUCCCAGGAACGUCGGAGAAGGUCCUGACUGCCGCAGGGCUGGAGCAUCUUGCGUUUUCCUUUGGUAGCCUGCAAGAUCUUCUUUCCGCAUAUACACAGCGGAAAGCUCGAGGAAUCCUCCCAAUCUGGUCUAUAAAUCACGGACCGACAACCAGCAUCUACUAUCAGGAUCCCGACGGCAAUCAGAUCGAGACGCAGGUAGACAACUUCGACACGGUUGAAGAGGCCAAUCAGUUUAUGGCAUCCCCGGAAUACGCAGAGAACCCUAUUGGGGUCGAUUUUGAUCCGGAAAAUCUCAUUGAGCAGCUGGGGGCUGGAGAUGAGAAGCUCCUUAAGAAGAGAGCAAACAUUGGUCCUCGGGGUCUGGAUACUAUUCCAAAACCUCCCCCUAGAGAUACAGAUUUCACUACCGUGGAUGCUCUGCACAAAGAUCUGAGUAGUCCUCCAAGCAAAUAUCAUGACCCGGAACUAGCCGCUACCGAGGAAGAAAUCCUGGAGUUUUACAAGCGAUUUGGCAACUUUCUCAAUCAUGUCAGCCAUACAGAUGUGCCAGCAGGCAAAAGUUUCUUUGAAUUGAAGGACUACUCCAUUUUCGACCUGAUGGGUACUGUAUCUCGGCCAAGUCUCGAACCUCACUAUGAUCAUAUCACGCCAUACCUUGGAAAAACCAAUCAGCAAUUUCGCGAAGUUGAGAUUACAGCAGUUACAAAGGACUUUGGAUACAUCACAGCUGUGCAGCGUGUAGAUGGAAAAGCUGCUGAUGGCGAACCCUAUGAUUUCUCGUUCCGCUCCACGUCACUUCUACGAAAGGUUGAUGGAGGCGAAUGGAAAUAUGUUCAUGAGCAUUACUCCUUUCCAGUUGACAUGGCGACGAAGAUAGCGGACUUCACUGGGAGGCAGAAGGCUACCGAGUCUGUUGAAUUCAAGAAGAAAGAAGAGCUUUGA